AUGUCGGACGUAGAAGAUCCCCCUCCGCAUAAUAAUGCUGGUGACCUAGUCCAGUCGAUCAAAGGGAUGUAUCGGGUCCUGGACUUAAUCAGUGAACAAGGGAGCGGUGGGCUAGUGGACAAAACUAUCAUUGCGCAGGAUUCACUCCGGGCAUUCACCAAUACUAUUUGUCCCGGUGCAUAUGUGUCCAUGACGAAAGUCAACUUCAGCGCGCUGGAUGCCUUGAUCGUGAAGCCCGUUGGCAUAUAUGGGAGCAAAGAGGAAAUAGUGCGAUUUCUGCUGUCUCUUGGUGUUGUUGAUGACCACGUAGCAGCGCAGCUUGUCGCAGACCACAGCGAGACCAGUGUUUCAACACCAAGCCUUCGUUCUGGACUUUACAUUGUCCGAACAAAUUGUGAAGCUACCUCCGAUGAACAACUAUUCAUUGUUUACUGGCCUGAGGAUGGUACUUGGGAUGAUGCAGCUCCUUCCUCCAUGAAACGAAACCGUGUCACCUUCAUGCGGUACCUCACGAAAAUUUGUGAUCAACUCACAGCGCUCGUCUCCCCUGAACAUUCUCGCUCUAUUGUAUGGAGUGAACGGGAAGAUGAAGACACCUUAACGGAAAUGGAAGACGAACAAGAUGAAUCUGACAGGAUGUUUACGUUUGAAGUUAAGAAAUCCAAUGAGCAGGAAGAAACCGUAAAACCACGUCCUGGAUUUCAGGCAACAGUGAACAUCAGACUACAUAGGCCUUGGUUAUUGCAUGGCGAGACUACUCAAGGGUUCAUGACAGUCAGCAAUGUACCGGCCAGGGAGAUCACCGUUGCGAAACAAGACAAUUUACAUGUGAACGAGAAUCUGGAUACCAACGCAAUUCGCCUUUUGCUAGGCGCAGGCCUUGGGAAUCGCUUUCCGCAACUGUACAGACAAUGGCAGCAGGAGUCUACCAGUAUUUCAUCGAAUGCCAGGGACAUCAAAGCAUCAACAGAGGCCAGAAUCAAGAUGACAUUGGAGAAGGAAUCGCCCCUUCUCGUUCGCACUAUUCACAAGGCAUUGGUUGAUGCAAUCAUUGGGGAAUUUCCUUGCGUCGUAGUAACGGGCUAUCCAGAUCAACUUCAAACUAUCAUUGAGCUAUACCCAGAAAUAGGGGAAUCAAUUCGUCGCACGGUGCAAAAGUUGCGCAUUGAGGUCAUUGACAGUCGUGAUUUCAAGACCUGCAAGGAGCGUGUCUGUAUCGCUCAAAGCCUACUUCGACAACUUCCCGACGUCCAGACGAAAGAUGAAGACUUUCUGAAUGCAAUUCUUCACGAGGACAUGAAACGUGUCAAGGAGUACCUCAGAGUUUUAGCACAAGGUUCUACCCCGCAUGGGCAGCAGAAGGGGUUACUUAACAAAGCUUUGAGUGGCUUCAAUUCCUUCAUCUCAUCUGGACCACGCUCCCAGUCCGUCGUAGAUCAGAUGCUCAAAGAUGCAGAAGCUUCUGCGUCUACGCUCAGUGAUGCUCAGUUCCUCGUUCAGUUGGAUGACGUCGAGAAGUUCCCUGUCAUGAAAAAAAUCGUCGCAGAGACCAGGGCUGUUGCAUUCACGCACUUCCAAUCACUUCUGACGAAGCAGACGACAACUCUAACUCAUUAUGGGCUUCGCAUACAAAUCGAUACAUGCCUGGCCCGGGCUCGUCGGGAAGCGGUCAGCAGUGAAGAACAACAACUGGCCGAAUCACGAAAGAGGUUCAUCAUUGAAAUCAAUGCCUGUUCACAGGCAAGUCGUAAUUCGCGAUCUUUCAAGCAGCCAAAGCUGAAAUUCACGGUCCACCUCAUGCAGUUGACUGCGCAAGAUCUACAUUCCUUGCAGUUCGAUCCUAGUUCGACUCCUUCGCCCAAGUUUAGGAACUCAUACUCGUUCAAGUUACCCAUUAAUGAUUCAGUGGUGAGAGCGCAACUUCUUCCAGGCGAAAAGAUCUUCCUUGCGACGACUGACCGGUUUGGAAAUUUGACGGUGUACCUGGAACACCUCACUGCUAUUGAUGGCGCCUUGGCUCGCGGCAGUCGCGGGAAACGGCUGAACCGCGAUAAAAUCGGCGAAUUUGUUCUUGCUUUCGACGAGUCAAGGCAUAUACUCAGCGUUAUUGCCACAGAGAAGGAAUGCAAUCAGCUUUUAUUACAUAUCUUCGUUUACGAUGACACUCGAGGUUUCCAGGCCAGCGGCAGUGCGAUCAACUUGACUCAAUGGUACACCGAAGGGACUUCCAUUAGCCAUGCGUGUUAUAUCUGCGGCUGUGAAGAAUUGCUGCUCGUUGAUACAUUCGCACAGGCAAGAGUCUACUCUCUGACGACAAUGCAGUUCAGGCCUGCGACGCUCGAUCUCAUCCAAAUUCCAGUAGCAGUUUACUCCACUCCAGAUGGUUCUUGCUUGAUCACAGCUCACGCCCAUGGGUCUAACUUGAAACUAACCGCCUACCACUGGAGCACGUUCGGCUCAACGGAUGGCAUCCCUCUCGAGAUUCCUGAUCUUCAAACAGACCAGCCACUGCUUCUGACUUCGUUGACUAGCCGGAAUAUCGUGCACUUAGUCACACUCGACGUCGACACUCAAUCAUGUCGAUCUAUCGCUCUGGACAUCACCCGGAAAGUGACAGAGUUCACCUUUAAAGAAAAGGGUGCCCGAGGAGGGCAUACAAUGUCCGAGAAUGUCAGUGGCACCGCCAAUAACUGUCUCAUCGACUGUCACGCCGAAGUGUGGACUCGCUUCCCAGUUCUUUCCGCCGUUCAGCGGGAAACGAUAACAUCGUCCAGUAGCAGAUGUCAGCGAACAUUGGUGUUCAUUGCGGAUCAGGACCAUCAUCUAUUUGCGCCGCACUUUCAUGAUCUUAUUUCACACUUCGAAAGAACGUCAAAGAAGCCAACCGGAGGCAUUCUCAAGUCACUGAUGGUCUCCGCAACUACAUUCUCCGCUUUUUCCGAUAGUUUCCUGUCAGGUGCGGAGUGGAGUGUAUCAAAAUUUCGUGCUGGGGAGUGGCUGGCGGAGUUCCUCUGCCUCAUUCCUAUCCAGAUUGCUGUAACCAAGGAAAACCGUUUUAUUCCACUCAAAAACGGCGUAUAUUCUACCGAACUGGAGAAGUCCCUUCUCGGCGCGGAUGUCAACCGCAUUGUUGACUACGUGUCUUUUGGUUGGUAUGAAUCUCUAUUUCAGUCAUACAUGGCCAAAAAGCCUGUCAAAGUUGUGUCGUCUAUGGGUGAACAAUCAGUAGGGAAAAGCUUUUCCUUGAAUCAUCUCGUGGACACAUCUUUCGCUGGAUCGGCGAUGCGCACCACGGAAGGAGUGUGGAUGUCGGUGACUCCAACGAAAGAUGCCCUUGUAGUCGCUUUGGACUUUGAAGGUGUUCAUAGUAUCGAGCGUUCCGCUCAAGAAGAUACCUUGCUCGUACUGUUCAAUACUGCAAUUUCUAACUUGGUAUUAUUCAGGAACAACUUCGCCUUGAACCGCGAUAUUACAGGUUUAUUCCAAUCAUUUCAGUCGAGUUCGACCGUCCUAGAUCCAGCAGCCAAUCCGAGUCUAUUUCAAUCAGCAUUGGUUAUCAUCAUCAAGGAUGUCGUGGAUUCGGACAAAGCAGAAAUCACCAAAGAAUUUGCUCUUAAGUUUCAGAGGAUAGUCCGAGACGAACAAGAAGCCAACUUCAUCUCUCGCCUCCACGCUGGACAGUUGAACAUAGUUCCUUGGCCGGUGAUCGAGUCACGGGAGUUCUACAAGCUGUUCCCAACCCUCAAGCGUCGGUUAGACAAACAAAAACUGACGCACAAUACAGCUGGAGAGUUCCUUCAUACGAUGAAGACGUUGAUGGCAAAACUGAAGGCAAAUGACUGGGGAGCCCUCUCACAAUCGAUGGCCUCGCAUCGAGCACAGCUACUUCUAGCCGUAUUGCCCAAUGCUCUGGCAUUUGGAUUGCAAGAGAACUUGGAUAACGACGUUCCCAUUGACAUGCCCGAUACUUCCUCUGAAUUUUCGUUGGUUACUGGGGGGGUUCAACAAUCGUCCUCCCGCGAGGCCACACUACAAGUCCUGUGUCAUGCAUGGGGAGACUACAAUUCUCGCCAUUAUGUUUCGGAAGAUAUUUGGAUUGAAAAUUUGACCACUCACAUCAAUAACCUGGUCGGUCUGCGCAUCGCUCAUGUUGGCGAGUGGAUAUUGUCGAACGUCGCUCGCUUCCAAAGCGGGCAAGCUAGCAUUGACGAGCUUAUGAGAGCCUUCGACAGCGCAACAGUGGACUUGAGGAGCAACUGUCAAUUAUGCAAGCUGAAGUGUGCAAGCUGCGAGCUGCUCUGUAUUCAGAGCCGACUGCACGACGGACAGCAUACUUGCCAAACUUCCCAUGCUUGUAUACAUCCUUGCGAUUUCUGUGUUUCGUCUGGAGAGACCAAGGCUUGCUCGAUGUCAGCGGGACAUUCAGGCAAUCAUAUAUGUGUUGUUAAUGCGCAUCUUUGUGGUCAAAUUUGCGGCCUAUUCGGGAGACAGGGAUGUCUGGAUGAGUGUACGAAGGUGAUCGGCCACACCGAGGGCGAUCAUUUAUGUGCUGCCACUGUACAUGCCUGUGGUCAGGCUAACGUUGGCCAAUGUGAUGUGGACCAUGAUCAACACCAGUGUGAUGCCCGACUUUGUUCUUUCCCUUGCCAACUUUGCAAAAGACUCUGUACGAACACAGACCAUCUUCACGGCUUGCAGGACGGCGCUGUUCAUCUCUGCGGAGAGGAACAUUUGUGUUCCAAGGCAUGCACUGUUGAUGGCAUCUGUGAAAUUGAGACUACGCCUCAAUCGAUAGAGGCAACGUUCACCGGAAGACACGAGACGUUCCAGUACACAAAGUACUCCCAAGUGGCUAAACGACUGAGAUGUGUGAAGAUAAUACCGCCAGGAGCGGUGGCCCACAAAGGUUCACACAAUCAUAGUUUGGACAAAAAUGUGGUGCAUUUUUGCAGAGAGAGAUGUCACUCUUCACAAACCGUUGCACCAGGCCACCCGCAACAAGAGCAUGAAACUAGACACGGAUCCAUGUCUUCGUCUCGAUGGGCAGUAGAUGGCCCCGAUGAUACGGGUCUCGAGGUCGAAGGACGUCGCUUCUCUUCGAAUGAUGAGGGGACGCCGAUGAUGUGCAACCUUGUCUGUCAAGCAGUGGGACGCCAUAUACACAUCGACUACUGUCGUGCCACGGAUGCCUCUGCUUGCAGAGGGAAUAGCGAGGUUCAGCAUAUUUCUAAGAGACUGGUACCCAACCCAGAACGUGCCAAGGAUUAUGUGACGCACAAUCUCUUCUGGCGGCGGGCUGGCUUUAAGGAUCCUUAUUCUCGAGAGGAGCAAGCAAAUUUCGCCAAGUGCGGACCUGAGCACACCGCUGCUGCCGGAAAUGCUGCUCAGCCAUCCUAUUGCACUUUACCUUUGUUUCACCCGCCAGUAGAUCCUAAUAAUACCCAGAUCGGUUUAGGAUACAUUUCCGAAGACGGACAUCUCUUUUCAUGCAGGAAUCCCGUGAUCAUCCAGCAAGCAUUCCAUGUAUCCUCUUCAAUGAGCUUUCGUGACAGACGUCCUCUUCCGAACACUCCUGCCUCGGACAGAAUUACGCGACGCUCUGACAACCGGUUUGGUGCCGUGCUGUCUUCACUAUAUUAUUUCUGGUCUGCCCGUGCUGCAGCAAUUAGUGCUCAGCAGGGAGCCCGGCGCGACUCUUACAGUGUUAUUCUUUUCGACAUGUCCACAACAAACGCCAUCGUCAACGACUUUUCUAGUUCACCUGACCAGCUGCUAGAUGCUAUGUUGCCUCAUUCAGCUUAUGGAGGCACCAGCUUCACUGUUGCGAUUCAACAAACUCGAUCAGUCAUGGAACAACAUUGGAGUACAGAAAGGAGCCCCGUAAUCAUAUUUUUGUCGGAUGGCGAGUGCUAUAUCGCAGAUCAGCCUGUUCAAGAUUUGUGCCGCUCCGCGGUUCGUCUUGGCAAACCACUGUCUUUCCAUGCAGUGUCAUUUGGUUCAGAUACAUCUUCUACAUACCUGCGAAGAAUGUCUCAAAUCGCGCUUGACAUUCAAAACAAUGCCCCAAGAGAUCCAUUGGUCCCACCAGCAGCAACAGUCGCGUCUUCAUAUACGCAGGCCUUAGAUACGGUACAACUUGCCGAAACGUUCUUAGGAAUUGCAGAAUCACUUAGGAAGCCGAGAGGGUCUCUCAUACAUUGA